AAAUGUGUCAUUUGUUGAAGUAAUCGUAGGACAGUGUCGUUUGGCGGGAAAAGCGGGUGAGAUGAGAAAGUGUCAUCCCCGGUUGCCAGGCGCACGAGAUCAGCUUCGCUCAGCUUCAUUCUUGAUUUUGUAAUUAAAAAAACCACGUCACUAUCAAGGUCAGAAUCCCGCACUCUGGAUCACGACAUGUAUUACCCGCCACAACUUCUAUUUCAGACAAAAUCAAUAUUAACAAACUCUCUCCACCUCUUCCCUCUGCUGGCCGGCGAGCUAAAGCUUCCAACAUUUAUAUUUCCCACGUGGGUUUCUGUCCUUUUAUUCAAAAUCGCUUCUGGGGUGUUUCUCUAAGAAGUGCUUUUUAUUGUAAUCUCUGUUUUGUGCUCAAAGGCGGCUUAUAAACCGACCCAGAAUAGAAAAAUAUUAAGUUUCUUGAACAUCCUGUGGAUAUGGAUUCUUUAGUUGUUGCUGAAAGCGCUGUCGUUUUAGUCAUUAGUUGAGGGAUAUCUGUUGUUGGUGAUAAUAGAGUUUGCUUUGGGGGUGAAGUUUGAGGGUUCAUUUAGUUUGGAGAAAAAAUGGCGGUAGACUAUAGUUGUUGUGGGACUAAUUUCUUUAUACAUAUUUUGAUAAUAGUGUUGUUGGUGCUGUUUGCUGGGUUGAUGUCUGGCCUUACUUUGGGACUCAUGUCUAUGAGUCUUGUUGAUCUUGAAGUUAUUGCCAGGUCUGGAACUCCUAAGGAUCGCACACAUGCUGCGAAGAUAUUGCCAGUAGUCAAAAAUCAGCAUCUGUUGCUUUGCACUCUUCUUAUCUGCAAUGCUGCUGCCAUGGAGGCACUUCCAAUUUUUCUUGAUGCUCUGGUAUCAGCCUAUGGGGCUAUUCUGAUUUCAGUUACACUGAUUCUUCUGUUUGGUGAGAUAAUUCCACAGUCUGUUUGUUCUCGACAUGGUUUGGCAAUAGGGGCAGCCGUGGCUCCAUUUGUCCGUGUUCUUGUUUGGGUCUGCUGCCCUGUUGCUUUUCCGAUAAGCAAGCUGUUGGACUAUUUGUUGGGCCAUGGACAUGUAGCACUCUUUCGCAGAGCUGAGCUCAAAACACUUGUAGAUUUGCAUGGUAAUGAGGCUGGAAAAGGUGGAGAACUUACACAUGAUGAGACAACAAUUAUUGCUGGGGCACUGGAGCUCUCACAGAAAACCGCAAGUGAUGCUAUGACUCCUAUUUCUGAAACGUUUGCUAUUGAUAUUAAUGCUAAGCUUGACAAGGAUUUGAUGGAUCUAAUAUUGAAUAAAGGACAUAGUAGAGUGCCGGUUUAUUAUGAGCAACCUACAAACAUAAUUGGGCUCAUUUUGGUCAAGAAUUUACUGACAAUUCAUCCCGGGGAUGAAAUUCCUGUGAAAAGUGUCACUAUACGCAGGAUUCCUAGGGUUCAAGAAACUUUGCCAUUAUAUGAUAUAUUGAAUGAGUUCCAGAAAGGUCACAGUCAUAUGGCUGUUGUUGUUAAGCGGUCUAGCAACACUGCAGAACAAUCUGCUAGCAACCCCGCUAACAACUCUGCUGACAAUUCAACAGGAGAUGUGAAGAUUGACAUUGACGGUGAAAAGCCUCCACAAGAGAAGGUUUUAACAAGCAAAAGACCACUGCAAAAGUGGAAGAGCUAUCCCAACAACAGCUCAAGACAUCAAUACAGGUUUAGUUCUAGGAGUAAGAAGUGGCCGAAGGACAUGUACUCGGACAUUUUGCAGAUUGAUGGCAAUCCACUUCCAAAGCUCUCUGAGGAAGAAGAAGCUGUAGGCAUAAUCACAAUGGAAGAUGUCAUUGAAGAACUUUUACAGGAGGAGAUCUAUGAUGAGACUGAUCAUCAAGUUGAGGACUCAUGACACAUGCUUUGAUAGUUGCUUAUGCAUAAUGUACCAUCAUACAACAGUCAGAAAUUUGUUGAAUUCAUUUUGGAAGUUAGUAUCAGCUGGGAUUUGAUUCAAAUAUUGUUGUUAUAAUGGAAUAAUGAUGUAUGAUCUAUUAAGAGUGAAGUGAGAAGGUAAUUGUAGUAUAUGUUGACUCGAUAUAAGAUAGCUUUGUAAGUAGAGUUACUGGAGAUGUAAAAGACAAAUUUUUUUGCCAGUUAAUAUAGAAGAAAUGUUUGUAUUGU